AUGGACCGUGGAACAAUGAAUACAAAUGAAUUGGGCGUGCAUGUUUUGUCCCCUGAGAAUUGUGACAUUGACAUUUUGGACAACGGAAGGACCGUCAAAGAUGUCAUAGACAACAAAAUAAAAGAGCUCGGUCCAGUGGACAAUGAAGAGCCAUUCUAUGUGGCAAAUCUAGAUAGCAUGUACGAGAGGCACCUCAGAUGGCUUACUAGCUUACCUCGAGUCAAGCCUUUCUAUGCGGUGAAGUGCAACAACACGGCGGCAGUUAUGAGGAUGAUGAGGGCCCUGGACACAGGUUUCGACUGUGCUAGCAAGGGCGAGAUCCAGAUGGCCCUGUCCCUCGGAGUGACACCCGAUAAAGUCAUUUACGCACAUACGACCAAACCAAUGUCGCACAUCAAAGUGUGUGUGUAAGUGACUGAUGGGAACAACAAUCUUUGACAUUUGUCCAUUAUUGGAUCACUUUCCAGACUGGUGCUACGCAUCGCAGCGGAUGACUCCAAAUGCAUGGUAAAACUCAGUUCAAAGUUCGGAGCCAGACUGGUGUCAGUUGGCAAGCUGCUGGAACGCGCUGGAGAGCUGGGCUCAGAGAUCAUCGGGGUCAGCUUUCACAUAGGCAGCGGCUGCACCGACGGCUCCGUGUUCAAACAGGCCAUUGCAGAUGCCCGACGCGUCUUUGACACAGCGAAUUUGCUUGGAUUCCAGAUGAGUCUCUUGGAUAUUGGUGGAGGAUUCUCUGCGGUUGGGGACUUUCAAGGGAAAUUUGAAGAGCAUUCAGUCGUCAUUAAUGAAGCACUGGAUGAAUUCUUCCCGCCUGACUGUGGGGUGCAGAUUAUUGCAGAGCCAGGCCGCUACUACGUGGAAUCUGCCUUCACCCUGGCAGCAAAUGUCAUUGCCAAAAGAGUCAUCUUUGAUGAGAUGGAUGAAGAAAGCGACGGUGAGGAAAACCGCCCUGACAGAAUGAUGAUGUACUACCUUAACGAUGGAGUGUACGGCUCCAUGAGUUGCGUUGUCAAUGACCCAUCUCACUCCAAACUUGAACCGUAUCUUCACAGGGUUGUCGACAGCAGUGAGCGGAGAUACCGCUCUGUCAUCUGGGGUCCAACCCGCGACUGCUUUGACAAAAUAACCGACGGCUACUGGAUCCCUGAGUUGCGUGUUGGGGACUGGCUUCUCGUCGACGACAUGGGCGCUUACUCUGUCAGCAUAUCCACCGACUUCAACAGCUUUGAAAGAGCACACGUUUACGCUGUUGUGACAGCUGAGACAUGGCACGCCCUAAACCUUUCUCAAACCUUCGACAUGAGUUAAUACAUGUCCAAACAAAACGUAGCCGUUAGACGUCUGUCUUCGAUUGGUCAGUUUCACAGGCCUAUCGUUGUUGAAAUCAUUUUUAAUGCACCUGCAAUCCACCAUAGGA